AUGGCGCUGCGGGCUGGCCAGCUCUUUCCUCCGUGUCUAGUCGCGGUGGCUUUGUUAUUACUCGCUAGCGGACCACAGUUUGGACUUUGUUGUCCGAGUCGCUGUUUAUGCUUCCGAACCACCGUGAGAUGUAUGCACCUCAACCUGGAAACCGUACCAGCAGUCUCUCCUCAGACUACCAUUCUAGACCUGAGGUUCAACAAAGUCAAGGAUUUACAACCUGGUUCCUUUAGGCGAUUAAAGAACCUCAACACACUCCUCCUCAACAACAAUCAUAUACGAAGGAUCCCCAGGGGGGCGUUUGAAGACCUGGAAAACCUCAAAUAUCUCUAUUUGUACAAGAAUGAAAUCCAAUCAAUUGACAGACAAGCAUUUAAGGGGCUCGUCUCUCUUGAGCAACUGUACCUUCACUUCAACAACAUUGAAUCCUUGGAACCAGAAUCCUUCACUCACCUACCGAAGCUGGAACGACUGUUUUUGCACAACAACAGAAUCACCCAGCUAGUCCCAGGAACCUUCUCUCAUCUUCAGGCCAUGAAGCGAUUGCGACUGGAUUCCAACUCAUUAAACUGUGACUGUGAGCUGCUGUGGCUGGCCGACCUGCUGAAGCAGUACGCCGAGUCGGGCAAUGCCCAGGCUGCUGCCACCUGUGACUACCCCAGCCGCCUGCAGGGAAGAUCUGUAGCGACGCUCACCGCCGAGGAGCUCAACUGUGAGGUACCCAGGAUUACCUCAGAGCCGCAGGAUGUGGAUGUCACAUCAGGAAACACUGUCUACUUCACCUGCAGGGCUGAAGGCAACCCUAAACCACAGAUCAUCUGGCUCAGGAACAACAACGCUCUAAACAUGCGGGAUGACAGUCGUCUGAACCUGCUAGAGGACGGGACGCUGAUGAUUCAGGACACCAGAGAGACAGACCAGGGAAUCUACCAAUGCAUGGCCAGGAACGUGGCUGGGGAAGUCAAGACCUCUGAGGUCACGCUGCGAUAUUUUGGAGCUCCCUCACGGCCAAGCUUUGUGAUCCAGCCCCAGAACACGGAGGUGCUGGUGGGAGAGAGUGUGACCCUGGAGUGCAGCGCCACAGGCCAACCUCAGCCCCGGGUCUCCUGGACAAGGGGAGACCGGACACCCCUGCCCAGCGACGCUCGCAUUACCAUCACCCCCUCGGGGGGGCUUUUUAUCCAGAAUGUGGUCCAGGCCGAUGGGGGACAGUAUACCUGCUUUGCCUCCAAUAACGUCGAUACCAUACAUGCUACAGCUUAUAUCAUUGUACAAGCUAUCCCCCAGUUUACCGUCACACCACAGGACCAGUCAGUCCUGGAAGGCCACACAGUGGACUUCCUCUGCGAGGCAUCCGGUUACCCCCAGCCAGUCAUCGCCUGGACCCGCGGGGGCAGCCCAUUACCCCUGGACCGCCGCCACGUGGUCCUGUCCACCGGUACUCUCCGCAUCACUCGGGUGGCGGCCCACGACGAGGGCCAGUACGAGUGCCAGGCGGUCAGCCCCGUGGGGACCGUGCACACUGCCGUACAGCUCAGCAUCCAGCAAAGAGUAACGCCUGUUUUCACAAAUGCUCCAAGGGACCUGACGGUGGAGUCUGGCCAGGACGUCCAGAUUCCCUGCAGUGCCCAGGGCCAGCCACAGCCUGUCCUCACCUGGAACAAGGAUGGUGUACAGGUGACAGAGAGUGGUAAGUUCCACAUCAGCCCCGAGGGUUAUCUAGAGGUGAAGGAUGUGGGGACGGCAGAUCGUGGACGCUACGAGUGUGUCGCCCGCAAUCCCAUCGGUUAUCAAGCCGCUAGCAUGGUGCUCACUGUCACAGUUCCUGAAGUGAGCAGAGAGGGGGACACUUUUGUCAGCACGUCCAUAGAGCAGGCCAUAAGGAAUGUGGACAGUGCUAUUGAGUCUACAAGGAGACGUCUGUUUGAUGGUCAGCCUCGUACCCCAGGAGAGCUGCUUGCUCUUUUCCGGUACCCCCGUGACCCCUACACAGUGGAGCAGGCGCGUGCCGGAGAGAUCUUUGAGCAGACCCUACUGCUCAUCCAGAACCACGUCAACCAGGGUCUCAUGGUCGACACCAACGGCACAGCGUUUCGCUACAACGACCUGGUAUCCCCUCACUUUCUGGAAGUGAUUGCCAACCUGUCUGGCUGCACGGCCCACCGCCGCUUCAACAAUUGCUCUGAUAUUUGCUUCCACCAGAAGUACCGCAGCCACGACGGGACCUGCAACAACCUGCAGCAUCCCAUGUGGGGCGCUUCACUCACUGCCUUUGAGCGACUCCUGAAAUCGGUCUACGACAACGGCUUCAACCUGCCGAGAGGCGCCACAGACAGGGUCCAUAAUGGAUACAGGUUGCCUCUGCCGCGGUUGGUGUCCACCGCCAUGAUUGGAACAGAGACCAUCACUCCAGACGACCGCUACACUCACAUGUUGAUGCAGUGGGGGCAGUUCUUAGACCAUGAUUUGGACUCAACUGUGGCAGCCCUCAGCCAGUCGCGCUUCUCCGAUGGUCAGCUGUGCUCACAGGUCUGCACCAAUGACCCUCCGUGCUUCCCCAUCCAGUUCCCUCCCGGCGACCCACGGCAGCUGAGAAGCGGCGCCCGCUGUAUGUUCUUUGUGCGCUCCAGUCCCGUGUGCGGCAGCGGGAUGACCUCUCUCCUCAUGAACAGUGUAUAUCCAAGAGAGCAAAUUAACCAGCUGACCUCUUACAUUGACGCUUCCAACGUCUACGGCAGUUCACGACAUGAAUCCGAGGAAAUCCGCGACUUGGCCAGCCAGAGGGGACUGCUCCGUCAAGGUAUUAUCCAGAGAACAGGGAAGCCACUUCUGCCAUUCGCCACUGGACCACCUACUGAAUGUAUGAGGGAUGAGAACGAGAGUCCCAUCCCGUGUUUCUUGGCCGGUGACCACCGUGCCAACGAACAGCUUGGCCUGACCGCCAUGCACACGGUGUGGUUCAGGGAACACAAUCGCAUUGCUACUGAGCUACUGAGACUGAACCCACACUGGGACGGAGACACCAUCUACCAUGAAUCCAGGAAGAUCGUGGGUGCUCAGAUGCAGCACAUCACCUACAGUCACUGGUUGCCAAAGAUCCUGGGUGAGGCAGGCAUGAAGAUGAUGGGUCCAUACGAGGGUUACAACCCCAACAUCAACUCCGGCAUCUUCAACGCUUUCGCCACCGCCGCUUUCCGCUUCGGUCAUACCCUCAUCAACCCGAUACUCUACAGGCUGGACGAGGACUUCCAGCCCAUCCCCCAGGGACACAUCUCCCUGCACCGGGCCUUCUUCUCCCCAUUCCGCAUCGUGAACGAGGGCGGUAUCGACCCGCUCAUCCGCGGGCUCUUCGGCGUCGCCGGUAAAAUGCGGGUUUCCACACAGCUGCUGAAUACAGAGCUGACGGAGAGGUUGUUCUCCAUGGCCCACGCUGUGGCUCUGGACCUGGCCGCCAUGAAUAUACAGAGAGGAAGGGAUCACGGCAUACCACCAUAUAAUGAUUACAGGACUUUCUGUAACCUGACCUCAGCUCAGACGUUUGAGGACUUGAGGAACGAGAUAAAGAAUCCUAAUGUUAGGGAGAAACUGCAGAGGCUGUACGGCACUCCUCUGAACAUAGACCUGUUCCCUGCCCUGAUGGCUGAAGACCUGGUCCCCGGCAGUAGACUGGGGCCCACCCUCAUGUGUCUUCUGGCAUCUCAGUUCAAACGUCUGAGGGACGGAGACAGGUUCUGGUAUGAAAAUCCGGGCGUGUUCACUCCUGCCCAGCUGACCCAGUUAAAACAAUCCUCACUGACACAGGUGCUGUGUAACAAUGGCGACAACAUCACGCGCAUCCAGCAGGACGUCUUCAAGGUGGCUGAGCUACCCCACGGCUACGGCAGCUGCAACGACGUCCCUCAGAUCGACCUGCGCAUGUGGCAGGACUGCUGCGAGGACUGCAGAACCAAGGGCCAGUUCAACGCCCUGUCCUACCACUUCAGGGGACGCAGGUCAACAGAGCACAGCUACAAAGAGGGUCACCCUGGUUACAGCAUCCAGGAGAGCAGCCCAGUGGAAGAAGUCGGAGAAAGAGCCAAUGUUACUGUGACCUCCAAAAUAAUCACUGAACCCUCAGUCAGCGACUUCCAGGACUUUGUCUCUGACAUGCAGAAGACAAUCACAAGUUUACGAAAGCAGAUUAAAAGACUUGAAACCCGUCUGAGCAAGACUGACUGCACUGAUAACGAGGGACACGAGAGAACAGAUGGAGAGCGGUGGAAAAAGGAUCCCUGCACCAUAUGUGAAUGCAGAGACACCCAGGUGACCUGCUUCGUGGAGUCCUGUCCACCGGCCGAGUGCAAACGACCCGUCAAGCUAAAAGGCGCCUGCUGCCCGAUGUGCCUCCAACAGACAGAGGUGGAGAGCCAGCAAACAGCAGACACCCACCAACACCAAUAAUCCUCAGGACUCCCCGAUAAAAACUA